GUUGGUAUUGAAGCAGUAUCUAUGAUGAUGAUGGACAAAUGCAAAUGUCAUGGAGUUUCUGGUUCUUGUUCAAUGAAAACAUGCUGGAAGAAAUUAUCUGAGUUUAAUGCAACAGCAACACUAUUGCGACAAAAAUAUAAUGAAGCUAUUCGAAAGGCACCUAACUUGCGUACAAUACGACGUAAUGCUCCCAUAAACCGGUUAAAAGGGUUGAAACAGAAGAAAAGAAAACAAUCACAAUAUACGACGCUGUACUAUCUUGAAACUUCCCCUACAUAUUGCUCAGUCACCAAAGAUCGGCAAUGCUUGCAUCCAGAUAACUGUGCAAAUCUGUGCUGCGGACGUGGAUACACAACUCAUGUUUUCAAGCAAGUAGAAAAGUGUCGCUGUCGUUUUAAUAACGGACGAUGUUGUCAACUCAUUUGCGAUUAUUGUCAACGAUUUGAAGAUAAAUAUUUUUGUAAAUAAAAUUUCUUUAAGUACUUAUUUGCAUUAUGUAUAUGAAUCUCAACCACAUUAUUAUAGGUCUGUUUUUCGUUGAGAUUUUUCCACGAAAUCAGUUAUUUCAUCUUCCAUGUAAAGGUUUCAUAUUUUAGAAUAGAAAUGCAUAAUUAUAUGUAAGUAAGCAAGAUGUACCCAUUGCUUACAUUAUUUUUAAAAAAUAGUGACAAAAUGAGUAUAGUUGAAACAUAAAACGAAAAAACGUAUGUAGUUAAAACUGCAGUAGUUGGUAAAAUAUUUACAGACUAAUAUGUUUUUAAAGUGAAAAUAUGAAUAUAAAUGAAAAACAGACCCAUAAAUAUGUAGUUACUAUUUGUAAUUAGCCAGAAAUGAAUGCAUAUUUACUUUCUAAGUAGAAUUUAAUUCCAUAUGUAUUAUAUUGGUAAUAAGAAUGUUCACAUAACACUCAAGCAGAUUGUAAUUAAUAUAAAUUAUCAACCAUAUCCGUAACCGUAUGGAUGCAGAUGAACAGUUUGAAAGUCAAUAACUUCUGUACAUUUAAAUUGCAUAAUUAAUACGCUAUUUCGAUUAAAAACUUAGUGUAAAGAUUUUUAUAGCAAUACUAUUUAGCACAAAAAAAGCUUUCUAAAGAUUUUAUAUUUAUUUCAUAUAAAAAAUAAAAUUGCUGCUUUGAAUAA